AUGUUUACCCGGUUAGUUUGUAUCAGUGAUUAUGAACAACAUGCUAAAUCAGUACUUCAGAAGUCUGUAUAUGACUAUUACAGGUCUGGGGCAAAUGAUCAGGAAACAUUGGCUGAUAAUGUUGCAGCAUUUUCCAGAUGGAAGCUGUAUCCGCGGAUGCUCCGGAAUGUUGCUGAAAUAGACCUGUCGACUUCUGUUUUGGGACAGAGGGUCAGCAUGCCAAUAUGCGUUGGAGCUACUGCCAUGCAGUGCAUGGCUCACGUGGAUGGGGAGCUUGCAACUGUGCGAGCCUGCAGGUCACUGGGAACCGGGAUGAUGCUGAGUUCCUGGUCCACUUCCUCAAUUGAAGAAGUGGCAGAGGCCAGUCCCGAGGCACUCCGCUGGCUGCAACUGUACAUCUACAAGGACCGUGAGGUCACCAAGCAGCUAGUGCAGCGGGCAGAACAAAGGGGCUACAAGGCCAUAUUUCUGACAGUGGACACUCCUUACCUCGGGAACCGCUUUGACGAUGUGCGUAAUAGGUUCAAGCUGCCACCUCAACUCAGAAUGAAAAAUUUUGAAACCAAUGAUUUAGCAUUUUCUCCAAAGGAAAAUUUUGGAGACAACAGUGGACUUGCUACAUACGUAUCUAAAGCAAUAGACCCAUCCAUCAGCUGGGAGGAUAUUAAAUGGCUGAGGGGGCUGACAUCACUGCCAAUUGUUGCAAAAGGCAUUUUGAGAGGUGAUGAUGCCAGGGAGGCAGUUAAACAUGGUUUGGAUGGGAUCUUGGUGUCGAAUCACGGGGCUCGACAACUUGAUGGGGUGCCAGCCACCAUUGAUGCCUUGCCAGAAAUCGUGGAGGCUGUGGAAGGGAAGGUGGAAGUCUUCCUGGAUGGGGGUGUUCGGAAAGGCACCGAUGUCCUGAAAGCUCUAGCCCUGGGAGCCAAGGCUGUGUUUGUGGGGAGGCCAAUCAUUUGGGGCUUGGCAUCCCAGGGAGAGAAAGGUGUUCAAGACAUCCUUGAGAUCCUAAAGGAAGAAUUCCGAUUGGCCAUGGCUCUGAGUGGGUGCCAGAACGUGAAAGUCAUCGACAAGACAUUGGUGAGGAAAAAUCCUUUGGCCGUUUCCAAGAUCUGA